AUGAUUUCCAUCACUAUCGGCUACGUUUCUGGCAUCAUCGCCGCCGUGAUAUUCAUCCUUCAAUUCCUCCUACCCAAUGCCCUGAUUCUUGUCCUGGUGGGCUACCUCAAGAAUGAACACAGCGCCGUGACCUGGUCUGUGGUGGAGCGCAACCUGCUGAGCUCCAUGUGGCCUAUGUUCCUCCGGACCGAUGCAGCUGCCACCCGGGGUGUCGACACCACGAUCAGAUUGAUGACAUGGAUGCGCCCACUGGCUCUCGGCCUCGUGGCGAUCGCCGCGGUUGUGACGCCGUUGGGGCUAUACGACGACAUCGUGCCCUCUAAAACGCCGCAGAGUGUUGCUUUCGCGUACGUACAGGACCCGGGGCCGAUGGGAUAUGGCACACCUGGACGCAGUGACCUGGGUUUUACUCGCACUUGCGGGAACCUCCUCCCCCUCCAGUGCCCGGGGACGACGGUCGAAAUCACGUACUUCGAAAACGCCACUUAUGCAGAGGCCAAUAUCACAAACGAUGACUAUGACACGCGGAUACCGAGAGUGCUGGCCGAGCUCUACCAGAGCGGACUGCAACAGCAGCCGCAGUCUGUCUCGAGCUUCUUCGACAUACAGGCGCGCUACUACACAUACACGAUCCAGACUGGGGUCGCUCAUGGAGCCAAGUACAUUGCGGGGGCGUUUCGAUACUUGUCAAACAUGGUGCUGAACAAUGCGGUCGAACCGGUGGAAGGUCUUGUCGUCGACACAGUGACAGGUGGCAUCGCCUUCCGAAAUCAUAGCGUUCCCCAGGGCAUUUCUUUGGGUGCUGAAUGGACGGAGGAUCUGCUGUGGGUUGAGCCGGAGACAGCUUGCGCCGACACGAACAUUUCAGUCGAGUUCAGGAUUCCCUUGGGGAACGGCUUCACCGUCCUCACCGACCUGGCCAACAUCUCACUCGUCGACAACGGCGGCUUCGCGAACCUGGUGCAAGAAUACCCAUAUAUCAACGUGACAAACGCUCAGAAUGACCCGAACUUGGAGGGCCGCGCCUACAAAGCCGCCUGGUUGGUGAACGUGUACACAAUGCUGGUCAUGAACCUCACUCGACCGAACCCCGAUGCUUUCGGCUACAUGAAGUCGAAGGUUGGCGACCGGCACCCCGUCAACAAGUACCAAACACCGGGCGCCAAGUUGAAUGGCAUCUACGCCACCAACCUGUGGCAGUCGCUUCUUGACCCCGAGGCCUAUAUCUCCAACUACACGCUGGACGAUGCACCGAACACCAACUACUCAAACCCGUUCGGCCUCAGCUUCAUGAAUUACAGCGACAUCGCCACGCUGUGCUCCGGAGCAGGAGGCCGUGAUCUGGCAAACCUGACCAACGUCCAUGUCGAAUGUGGCAUGAUCUACGGAGCGGCGCAGCGGAGGGACGGCUCGAAAUCACUGGUGCUGGAGCCGGAAACGUGGUGGACACAAAAGGUGUACACUUGUGCCACGGCGAUGAAGGCGACUAUCAAAGAGGUCCGAUUUCGCUGGAAUACCACUUCCCUCACGGGAAAUACGCUGAAAUCCUUGACAGUCGUCAACGUCAGCGACAAGGCAUAUCCCGACAAGGAGUCAAUGCCCUUGUGGGGAGUCGAGACCCCGGGCUACGAGCUGCAAGAUGUGUCUCAGCUCUGGGGGCUCAUCGCGCCCGACCUUGCCAACUCGGUCAAUCUCUCAACCAUUCGGGCUCCUCAUCUCUAUAUUCCAGGGUACGGGGGCUCAGGUAUCCUCUCUGCGGCCGUCGCCACCAAAGAUAACCUUCCCGCACACGAGGGACUGGCCAGUAUCAUGGGAGGAAUCUUUCAAACCUCCAGCAACGGCGACUAUGCCGACUAUAGUGGAGGGACGAACAUGGCCAUGUAUAAGAGAUGGCGAGAUUACUCGACUUCGGCUGCGGCGAUGGGCACGAUCCCGAACCUGAUCUGGACUGAUCUGGCCGCGAACAUGCUCGUCGGCACCCGCAGUUGGGACUCCGGCAACGGAUUACCUCCGAAUCUUCAGAAACGCGACGCCGCCAGCGCCAGCAGUGGCGAAACCGGCCAGCCCUUGGUUCCUGUGACCAUCUAUGAGCGACAGAUCCGCUAUCACUGGCCGUUUGCCAUUCCUGCUCUCCUCGCAUUGCUGCUGUUCGUCGUGGUGCUCCUGGCUGCCCUGCUAUCUGUCCUCGCGGGCAAAGGAGUGCCAGCACGGGUGCGGCAUUAUCUCUUUCAUUUGUCGUCGGGUCGACUGCUGGGAGAAAUCCACUAUCCUGGCGAGUGCGACAAGUUGGCGCCGACGAAUCAGUGGCUCGCACGUGUCGGAAAGAGGCCCAGCGACUUGCACACCUAUGUUCAGCAUACUAGCGGUGUUGGAGCCGCACCCUCGCCGUUCCUGGGGGCCCAGCAUGAUCACAUGGCGGGCGGCGUCCCUGGGAAUGAGAAGGAGAAUGGCAUGAAUGUCGACACGCACGAACUGCGCCGUGUGGCCACGCCUCUGUCGGAGUCAGACGCGAUGCUGGGGCAAACCAGGCAUUAUGCGCCGGAUGACAACUGCGGAGGCGUGGGCGGGCGUCAGCGGUCACAAGCUCUCUAA